AUGAAGGCUGUUCCUCCCGUGCACCCCCAGGACUCUUCUUCUCACUCCUCCUCCUCUUCCUCCAGCAAGCUCUCGCUCCACUAUCUGACCAAGCAGAGCCUCACCGUCGCCCGUUCCAGGAUGGAAGAGGACGACCGGCACUGUCUGCAGUACGACAUGAACGACUGCUACAUCCGACUGAAGCGCCUAGUGCCCACUAUUCCGCAGGAUAAGAAAGUCAGCAAAGUGGAAAUCCUCCAGCACGUUAUUGACUAUAUUCUGGACCUCCAGUUGGCCCUGGAGACGCACCCUUCUCUCCACAAACAAGCGCCUCAGCGGACCGGAACGUGCGUCCCUCUCGCGUCCAACCCGGGUCGAACGCCGCUCACAGUGCUCAACAUUGAUCACCAUCAGAUGACAUCAAUUGUCAAAAAGCCAGAGGAUUCAAUUCUAUGCCGCUGA